AUGAACGGCUUCCGUUACGUGGUCGCGUGUCGAAAUGAGUACUGGUCCACUCACACUUAUAGAGGCCUUGUUGAUGACGAAGAACCCAUUAAUAAGAAACGCAAUGAAAGGCAGCUUUCGGACGUGAGCAUGUCUAAGUGCCUAUGUGACCGCGAUGGACCGACCUACAGUCGCGCCAAUGGCUUCCCCCAAGGUCGCCCCGGGCGGGCACAACCGACGAGUCUGUGCCUGUGGCUGCCACAAACGGCCCUGUGCGUCGUUCGCGGGCAGGCGGCAGGCCACAGCUGGAAAGACCUCCCCAGGUGCAACACAGGCCAAUCACAGACCCACAAGGGACUUCAAGGACGCAAGGAGCCCCUACUUCUUUGCAGCCUCCGUUGGCGUCCCAAAUGCUGGAACCUGUCAGAUGUCGCCCUGGCGUUUGUGCCUUUGCACGGAACUGCGGCUACGCAGGGGUUGAUGCUUCUUGCCCCGUUGGCCGCAUACCCAACUCCCCAUGAUCCAUCGAGGAACUUGCCAUCAGCCCAGCUCGUUGGCUGCGAAGCAACAACUAUGACGGACAUUCAGCUUGACGUCUUUCCCGAAGAAGAGAAGACUGAAAGAAAGACCGGGGUCGACUUGACGAAUAGAGCCAGAAGGACGCAGUUGACUAGUGUCUUCCCGUUCCCUCAACUAUUCUCCAUCCUCACUACUCGUCGUCCUCAUAUCUGA